AUGGGAAACGAAAAUCAAAAGGGAAUUUCAGGAAGACAAUUAACUGACUGGCAAGAAAUUGCUGAAAAUAGACUCUCAAAGAAGGAUAUUAAACGUUACAGAAAGAUAUGGCUCGAUAUGUUCGGUGAUAAAGAAAUGGACAAGGAUGGAUUCAAAAAGUGGAUAAAGGCCAUUGGAAUUUUCCCAAAUCUUCCAAAGGAAGCACCUAUAGAUCACUUGUUCCGUUCCUAUGAUCGUAAUAGAGAUGGAAGUAUCAGUUUCGAAGAAUUCAUUCUCUAUCUUUCCAUCACGGCUCCAACACAAACUGAACAAGAUCCAAGCAAAAUCAUUGAAGUGACAUUCCUCUUGUACGAUGCUGACGGUGAUGGACGUCUUACAUCGCAAGAAUUAGAACAAGGUAUGAAAGAUACAUUCCGUUUGUUGGGUCAUGAUGUGGAUUCUGAAAAAUUCAAGCAUAUCAUUUCACAACGUGUGAAACAAUUGUUGGAUUUUGCUGAUAUUAAUGGAGAUGGUGAGAUUACUUUGGAGGAGAUUCAAGAAGCUGUCAAAAGAAUCCAAAGCUUUUAUUAA